CACUUUGGUUGAUUAUUACUUUUUCCGGAAGAAAAGAAAGUCACAAACCUGGUUCGCGUGAGACUUUCUUGGAGAAUAUAUAUAAGCGCCUUUCGUUUAUUUGAGAGUCACACAAACCAUAAACGGAACAAAACUCACCCAGAAACAACAACAACAACAAACUCUUGGAUCUAAAGAUGGCGCCGAUUGUAGCUGAAACGAAGCCCAAAACUAAGAUCGUGUGCACCCUUGGACCUGCAUCUAGGUCUGUGCCGAUGGUCGAGAAGCUUCUACGAGCAGGCAUGAACGUUGCUCGCUUCAACUUCUCUCAUGGUUCCCAUGAAUACCAUCAGGAAACCCUAGAUAAUCUUAGAGCCGCCAUGGAGAACACUGGUAUUCUCUGCGCCGUCAUGCUCGACACUAAGGGGCCUGAGAUUCGAACUGGAUUUCUCAAGGAUGCCAAGCCUAUCCAACUGAAACAAGGUAAAGAAAUAACUAUUUCGACCGACUAUAGCAUAAAGGGUGAUGAGAAUAUGAUCUGCAUGAGCUACAAGAAGUUGGCUGAGGAUGUGAAGCCGGGGAGUGUCAUACUCUGCGCAGAUGGAACCAUAUCAUUUACAGUUUUAUCAUGUGACAAAGCAGCUGGUUUGGUUCGAUGCCGUUGUGAGAACUCUGCCAUGCUUGGUGAGAGAAAGAAUGUUAAUCUUCCUGGAGUCGUUGUUGAUCUACCAACUUUGACUGAGAAAGACAAGGAAGAUAUCAUGGUAUGGGGAGUUCCCAAUAAAAUUGAUAUGAUUGCGCUUUCGUUUGUUCGAAAAGGUUCUGAUCUGGUGCAAGUUCGCAAGUUGCUGGGGAAACAUGCUAAGAACAUACUUCUCAUGUCAAAGGUUGAAAACCAAGAAGGAGUUGCAAAUUUUGAUGAUAUCCUUGCAAACUCUGAUGCAUUUAUGGUGGCACGUGGUGACCUUGGAAUGGAAAUUCCAAUAGAGAAGAUAUUUCUCGCACAGAAAGUGAUGAUUUAUAAGUGCAAUAUCCAAGGAAAACCAGUUGUUACUGCGACCCAGAUGUUGGAGUCAAUGAUCAAAUCUCCCAGACCAACCAGAGCUGAAGCUACUGAUGUUGCGAAUGCAGUUCUUGAUGGCACAGACUGUGUCAUGCUUAGUGGUGAAACUGCUGCUGGAGCAUAUCCAGAACUUGCUGUUCGAACCAUGGCUAAAAUAUGUGUUGAAGCUGAGAGCACCAUUGACUAUGGAGAUGUAUUUAAAAGGAUAAUGGAGCACUCACCAGUACCAAUGAGCCCAUUGGAGAGUCUAGCUUCUUCUGCUGUUAGAACAGCCAAUUCAGCUAGAGCAGCUCUCAUAUUGGUUUUAACUCGAGGAGGGACUACUGCAAAAUUGGUGGCUAAAUAUAGGCCAGGCACGCCUAUCCUUUCUGUUGUUGUUCCUGAGCUUACGACUGAUACCUUUGAUUGGUCAUGUAGUGAUGAGUCCCCUGCGAGACAUAGCUUGAUAUUCCGAGGAUUGAUUCCAAUAUUAAGUGCAGCUUCUGCUAGAGCUUCUCAUGCAGAAACAACAGAAGAUGCAAUAGAAUUUGCACUUCAAUGUGCCAAGGGAAAGGGACUCUGCGUUAAUGGGGAUUCUGUCGUGGUUCUGCAUCGUGUGGGCACUGCAUCAAUCAUCAAAAUCUUGACCGUGAAAUGAUCUCUCAAUAUAAGUAUUAUUUCUGUUUUUUGGCAGCCUAUUUUUAUGAUGGGAAAUAAUGAACUACUAUAUUAUACCAUCUCCGGUCUAUAAUGGAUGCAAAACAUCAAUUAGAUGCUUUUAUUGGGGUUUUCCCUAUUUUACACUUAUCCGCAUAUCACUGUUUCCUUACUAUUGUUAUCUUUGAGACAAGUUGUGAACUCUUAAUUUUUUUGAGAUUAUGUAUGAACCUUAUGGUACUCGAAGAUAUGGCCAACUUUUGGCUUUUGAUAUAUAUGUUGGCAAAAAAAUGCAAUAUAUAUCUUGGUUUUUCAUUUUAA